CAUGCCUCUAGAAAUACCAAAUGGAAUGACCGCGUUGAAUGUCUGACUGAAAAGGAGAGAAGAUAGAGAAAGAUAGAGAGAGAGAACACUCCCCGUCCGUUUUUCCCUAUCGUCCUCCUCUCGCUCUGUCUGUCCUCUGCUCUCCCCCUUUCUAGAAAACAUGAAGGAAGAAAGAGAAGAUAAGAAUCCGGGGGGGACGAGUGUGAACAAGAGAAAGUUCGAGGAAAGCAAGAGAGGGGGACAUUAAUAGGCGGAUGGAAGGAAGGAAGAAAUUAAGGAAGGGAUCUAAUCCAGCCAUACAACACGAUUAAACGAGACAUGAACAAACUAUAUAUUGACCUAUAUUAAACGUAGCUACUCGACUCGUCUCAACUUGUGACGUUUAAAACUAUCUUAGGAUAGUUGAAUACGCAAACUUAGGCUAUUAGGAACCAAGUUAUCGUAUUUUCUAAUUCAUACAGCAACUUUCAGCGUUGCAAGUCACAGCUCACCCCGGAAAAGGAUUUAGCCCCAAGGACCAAGGGGCACCGAAGAGGGCAGGUCACCGCAGCCGGAGUUUAGGCGUUGCCACACGGCUUUGACCCGGAGCCAUGGCCGGGGCGAAGCCAGGAGUCCACGCUCUGCAGCUCAAACCGGUGUCGGUUCACGACAUACUAAAACGGGGGAGCAAGUUUAUCAAAUGGGAUGAGGAGCCCAACAGCAGCCACCCCACCCUGAUUACUCUGAAGGUAGACCCAGAUGGAUUCUUCCUUUACUGGACUGGUGGGGCCAACAUGGAAGUGGAAAUUCUUGACAUUAGCCAGAUAAGAGACACCAGAACGGGGAAGUUAGCCAAACUACCAAAGGACCCACGUGUCAGAGAAGUUUUGGGGUUCGGUAAACCAGGCGAGGGGGGUGUUGCCAUGGAGGGGAAGCUGGUAACGGUUGUCCACGGCAAUGACCUGGUCAACGUAUCCUUCCUCAACUUCCAGGCCAUGCAGGAAGACACUGCCAAGGUGUGGACAGAGGAGCUGUUUAAACUGGCCACAAACAUUCUGUCUCAGAAUGCAUCUCGCAACACUUUCCUCCUCAAAGCGUACACCAAGUUAAAGUUGCAGGUGAAUCAGGAUGGAAAGAUUUCAGUGAAGAAUAUUCUUAAGAUGUUUUCUGAUAAGAAGCGAGUGGAGACAGCGCUGGAGCAGUGUGGUUUGGUCACCAACAGGGUGGAGGGCAUUAAGCCAGAUGAUUUUACAUGGGAAAUGUUCCAGAGCUUUCUACACAGUCUCUGUCUACGACCAGAGAUAGAGCGCAUCUUUGUCGAGCUUGGUUCUCGGGGAAAGCCGUUCCUCUCAUUGGAUCAGCUGACAGACUUCAUAAACCGUCGUCAGAGAGACUCUCGUCUCAACGAGGUCCUCUAUCCUCCUCUGAAGAGAGAGCAGAUCAGACAACUGAUGGAGAAAUACGAGAGCAACGCUAGCCAGCUGGAGAGAGACCAGAUCAGUCUGAUGGGGUUCAGUAAAUAUCUUGGAGGAGAGGAGAAUACCAUCGUCCCACCAGAGAGACUAGACAUCAUAGAUGAUAUGAACCAGCCCUUGUCCCACUACUUUAUCAACUCUUCACACAACACAUACCUCACAGUUGGUCAGUUGACAGGUCUGUCAUCGGUGGAGAUGUAUCGCCAGGUGUUGCUGACCGGCUGUCGCUGUAUAGAGCUGGACUGUUGGAAAGGACGGCCCCAGGAUGAAGAACCUUACAUUACGCACGGCUUUACCAUGACCACUGAGAUACCCUUCAAGGAGGUGAUUGAAGCAAUAGCAGAAAGUGCGUUUAAGACCUCUCCCUAUCCCGUAAUCCUCUCCUUUGAAAACCAUGUUGACUCGGCGAAGCAGCAGGCCAAGAUGGCGGAAUAUUGUAGGACUAUUUUUGGCGACGCCCUCCUCAUCGACCCUCUAGAGAAAUAUCCGCUGAUCCCUGUUCAGCCCUUACCCUCGCCCCAGGAGCUGCUGGGUAAGAUUCUGAUAAAGAACAAGAAGAAGCACCACCACAGAGCGUCCAGCGGGGUCAACAUGAGGAGGAGGACAGGAGAAAUAGACGCUCUGGAGCAGGCUUCACCUGUUAACGACUUCCCAUUCAGUGACAGCGAGGGGGGGCAGCUGCUGUCCAAUGGGGAAGAGAAGCUGGCAGAGUGUCUGGUCAAGGACGGAGAUCCUCGGAAGUCAAUUGGAGGGGAGGGAGAGAGUGAUGAGGAGGAGGAAGAUGAACCUGUGGCUGAACUGAAGAAACCAAACUCUGAUGAGGGUACUGCCAGUAGUGAGGUAAAUGCGACAGAGGAGAUGUCUACUCUUGUCAACUACAUAGAACCUGUCAAGUUCAAGAGCUUUGAGGUUGCAAACAAGAGGAAUAAGUAUUUUGAGAUGUCAUCAUUUGUGGAGACCAAGGGUAUGGACACACUGAAGAGUGCACCCAUCGAGUUUGUUGAGUACAAUAAGAAGCAGCUGAGUCGUAUCUAUCCUAAAGGGACGAGAGUUGAUAGUUCAAACUACAUGCCCCAACUCUUCUGGAACGUAGGCUGUCAGAUGGUGGCGCUAAACUUCCAGACACUCGACCUGCCCAUGCAGUUGAACAUGGGUGUGUUUGAGUAUAAUGGACACAGUGGUUACCUGCUCAAACCAGAAUUCAUGAGAAGGACAGACAAACACUUUGACCCCUUCACUGAAAACAUAGUGGACGGCAUCGUAGCCAACACCGUCAAGAUCAGGGUGAUCUCGGGCCAGUUCCUGACCGAUAAGAAAGUGGGUGUGUAUGUGGAAGUGGACAUAUUUGGACUUCCUGCUGACACAAAGAGGAAGUACCGUACCAGAACUUCCAAUGGUAACAGCCUGGACCCACUCUGGGACGAUGAGACUUUUGUCUUCAACAAGGUGGUCCUGCCCACUCUGGCCUCUCUGAGGAUAGCUGUGUUUGAGGAGAACGGGAAGUUCCUCGGACAUCGGAUCUGCCCUGUGUCAACCAUCCGACCGGGUUACCACUACAUCAGUCUGAAGAACGAGAUGAACCAGCCUCUGUUGCUUCCCUCUCUAUUGGUCUACACCGAGGCUCAAGACUACAUUCCUAAUGAACACCAGGAGUAUGCUGAGGCCUUGACCAACCCCAUCAAACAUGUGAGUCUUUUGGACCAGAGAGAGAGACAGCUAGCUGCUCUGAUGGAGGACAAUGGCGAGCGUGUAUUGGAGCAGCCGAAGGAGGGAGAGAGGGAUCGGAAGGGCGACGCAUCCCUGGGGAAGAUCCCCUCCCCCCUCCAACCCGUCCCCGCCCCCAUUGAUGACAUCAGCGACCUCAUCAGCUCACCUGGACCAGGCCAGAAAGAGGAUCUUAUUGCUACAGUCCUGGCAAAUCUCCAGGCUCAAUCUACAGAAGAGUUGAAACAGCAGAAGUCGUAUCUGAAGCUGUUGAAGAAACAAUGUAAAGAACUCAAGGAGCUCCGCAAGAAACACCUCAAGAAGGUGUGGGCCUUGAGUAAAGAGCAGAGGAGUCGCUGUAACCAGCUCCGCUCUGACACACAGAGACGACGCAGUCAGAUGGAGAAACAUCUCAAAAGCAGCAUGAAGAAAAAUGAGCCAGCAGAGCCGGUGCAGAGGCAGUUGACAGCAUUGGAGAUGGAGUUACAGAAACAGACCGUGCAGCUGAGAGAGUGGCAAAUGCAAGAGCUCCUAAAACUACGGCAACAACAACACACACUGGAGAGAGAGAAGAAACACACACACCUACGAGAGGCAUUUCAGAAAAUAAAGGAGACAUCCCAGGAAUGUCAGACGGCUCAGCUCAAAAAACUUAAGGAGAUCUGUGAGAGAGAGAAGAAGGAGCUUCAAAAGAUUCUAGACAGGAAGAGACAGCACAGCAUUAUCGAGGCCAAGAGCAGAGACAGAGACAAGGCUGAGUCUUCAGCGUUCAACACCAUAGUCCCGUCCAAGCUCAUCACCAGCCUCAGGACCCUGGUACUGAACACCUCCCUCUGCAACUGGAUCCUGGACUUCCUAAUGGGCCGGCCCCAGGAGGUGAGGGUAGACAACAACACAGCUGCCACGCUGACCAUCAACACUGGGCUUAGUCCACUCCUGUACUCCCUGUUCACCCAUGACUGCAUGGCCACGCAGGACUCCAACACCAUCAUCAAGUCUGCUAAAGACACAAAGGUGGUAGGACUGAUCAACGACGAUGAUAAGGCAGUCUAAAGGGAGGAGGUCAGAGACAUCGCAGUGUGGUGCCAGGACAACAAUCUAUCCCUCAAUGUCAGCAAGACAAAGGAGCUGAUUGUGGACUACAGGACACGGAAGGGCGAGCACGCCAUCCACAUCGAUGGGGCUGUAGUGGAGCGGGUCGAGAGCUUCAAGUUCCUCGGUGAGCACAUCACUCACUAAGGACUUAACAUGGUCCACACACACCCGCACAGUUGGGAAGGGGGCACGACAGCACCUCUUCCUCCUUACUAGUCUGAAAAGAUUUGGCAUGGGACUCUCAGAUCCUCAAAAAGUUAUACAGCUGCAACAUUGAGAGCAUCUUGACUGGCUGCAUCACUGCUUGGUACGGCAGCUGCAAGGUGCUGCAGAGGGUGGUGAGAAUGGCCCGGUACAUCACUGGGGCCGAGCUCCCUGCCAUCCAGGACCUCUAUACAAGGCAGUGUCAGAAGAAGGGCCAAAAAAUUGUCAGACUCCAGCCACCCAAGCCAUAGACUGUUCUCUCUACUCAAAAUGUCAAAAGGUACCAGUGAAUCAAGUGUGGAACCAACAGGACCCUGAACAGCUUCUAUCCCCAAGCCAUAAGACUGCUAAACAAAAUUGCUAAAUAGCUCAUUUAAUGUAUACCCAGACUACCUACAUUGACCAUUUUCUGCACUAACUUUCCUGCACUGAGUCUAUGCACACACGUUGGACUCACACAUACGCACAUACAUCACACAUACGCUGGACACACACACACCCACACUACAUAUUCCCCCCCACACACAUAACAUGCGCACACAUGCAAACUGACGCCACACACACACACACAUACAUACUGACACCACAUACGCUGCUGCUACUCUCUAUUAUCUAUCCUGUUGCUUAGUCACUUGAUCCCUACCUAUAUAUACAUAGCUACCCCUGCACAUCGACUCGGUACUGGUACGCCCUGUAUAUAGCCAUGUUAUUUUUCCUCGAAGCAUGUGACUAUAAUACAAUUUGAUUUGAAUCAUUUGUCUGAAUCUUCUCAAAGGGGAAGAAGUAAGCUGGCCAGGUUACCUGACAGCGCAAGACACUUUUGAGAAGCAAGCGAAAGGAAAGAGAAAUGGGCUUUUCUAACAUAAACAUCAUGGGAAUACUUUGCUUACAGAUCAGUUAAUGACGGCCAUCCUUCCGAAACAACUAAGCAAAAGGUGUUACAAAGCGGUGCAGUGCAAGGGAGGUAUAGUUCCGAAACAACAUAAAAAACUAUUUUACAAAUGAUAUUUGCAUUGUAACAUUCUGCUAGCAACUUAACUUGAUUUUUUUUGGGGGGGGGGACAAUGACAUGAACAUAUAUUCAGCAUGACAUUCAUGUGAGCAUUAUAAUAUGAUUACAACCCAAAAGUAAUGUGAAAUGCACUCAUAACUUAGCUAUGAAAGCAGUAUAUUUAGACUAAUGUUACUUCGAGUUUGUCUGGGCUUGCUAGCAGUAGUCACCCUGGGAGUUGCAAUGCACUCUGGGAAUUGUAGUAUGCUAUGUAGACUAUUGCAAUACAGAAACUUCAGAAAUGAAAUGAUUUCUAUAGUGUGUAGACUAUUGCAAUAUGGAAGCUUCAGAAAUGAGCUUCAAAGUGUUUUUUUAUGUCGUUUGGAACUCAACUAUUGAUUUAAUAUAUAAAAUGAUUUAGGUACAAUGAAUAAUGAAUCAUAGGUCUAAUGAAUGUAAUGUGACCUGAUAUUAUGGCCAUAGAUGAGCAAAUUAACCCAAAUAUGUAUCAAAUUACAUUUUAAAACAGUUAAUGUAAUGUAAUUGUAAAUUUAUCUCAGCUAUGGUUUUUCAUUAGGAAAAUGUAAUAAAUUCUCAUGGUAUUUAAUAUGGUGGUAUAUUUUGGAAAGAAAUUGAAUAUAGAAUAAAAUAUAUUAUAUUGGUUAUUUUACCAGUUAUCAACAUAUUGUUCAAUGUAAAAACAAUACACUACAUGACCAAAAGUAUGUGGACACCUGCUCAUUGAACAUCUCAUUCCAAAACCAUGGGCAUUAAUACGGAGUUGAUCCCCCCUUUGCUGCUAUGACAGCCUCCACUCUACU